AUGGUGGAUGCGAUGCAGCCACCCGUAGCAGCGCAGCCUAGAACGGUGAUUGCACCAAUCAGGGUGCCGACCGUGGAGGACUUCUUGUGCCACAAGCCAGCAGAGUUCACUGGCAAAGCCUCUCCUGAUGAAGCGGAUGCAUGGCUCCACAAAUGUGAGAAGAUUUUCAGGGUGAUGAAUUGUGAGGAUGAGCAGAAACUUCUCUUUGCUACCUAUCUGCUGAAUGAGGAUGCAAAAUAUUGGUCGACAGGUAUGCAACAACAAAUGGAGACUCGGGAGGAUCCGGUGACAUGGGCCAACUUCAGGACUCGUUUCCUGGAGAAAUAUUUUCCAGAUACCGCUAGACAGGACAUGGAGGCAGAGUUCCUUGCACUGCAGCAAAGGGAUAUGUCAGUGCAGGAGUAUGUCAACAAGUUUGAGCAUCUGACGAGAUACUCCUCGCAAAAUAUUACUGAGGAAUGGAGGUGCUUUAAGUUUGAGCGAGGACUCAAACAUGAGUUAAAGAAGGUGGUGACGCCCUUGAGAGAGAGAAGAUUCCCAGUCUUGGUGGAACAGGCCAAGAGUGUUGAACACCUGCAGAAGGGCCCUGGUCCUAUUGUGAGCCGACAUCAAAAAAGUGUCGUGGAGGCUAGACAGAUGAAAAAGUCGUACAGCCGACCACAGACUUCUCAGGGUCCCACUUGCUACCAGUGUGGCAGACCCCACCUGAAGAGGAAUUGUCCACAUCUGGCAGGCGGAGUAGGAGGGUCAGGCGACUGUCACAAGUGCUUUAUAUGCGACAAACCGGGACACUUCGCCAAUAAUUGCCCAGAAAAGAAGAGUCCUAGUGCGAAGAAACCAGCAACAUUGCCAGUAGAGCGAGCUAGAGCAGCUGGCAGAGUCUUUGCCCUGACCACCAUCGAGGCUACACAGUCGGGUAUUGUUUGGUAA